AUGGCGAUUGCAGUGCUCGAUCUCGCCGCUACAUACGGCACACGAGUGGCCCUGGCGUUGGGCCUAGUUAUUGUCCUGCGAUUCUUUCAUGAGAUGCUGAAAGUGCGCUUGCUCUUCUACCGUCUGCGCAAGCAAGGCCUGUUCGAUGCACAGCCGAUGCCGGCGUGGGAUUUCGCAGCAGGGAAUCUGCGGAUGCUGCCCGAUCUAAUGAAACGGCAUCCUAAAGGAUCGCAGCAGUCGGAGGCUUUCACCCUCCUGUCCUACGAGUUUCCCAAUUCCGACAAUUGUUUCUACAUUGAUGUCUGGCCCUUCACCAAGCCCUUGCUGGUUGUGACUGCCCCGGAUCUUGCAGUCCAGGCCUCUCAAACCUAUGCACUACCCAAGCCGCCAGUCCUCGCGGAGUUCUUUAACCCCUUCACAGGGGGGCCCAGCAUCUUCGUGACAAACGGGCCCGAAUGGAAGCAUACCCGGGGCCUUUUUAAUCCCGCCUUCAGCGCCACUAACAUGCUGGAGCAUACCCCCCAUAUUGUCGAGGAAGCCGAAGAGUACGUGGAGAUUCUUCGAGAGCAUGCGCGCAAGGGCGAUACCUUCACACUAGACAAGAUGACUUGUGACUAUGUCAUGGAUAUUAUCGGAUAUGUCGCCAUGAAUACCCGUCUUCAUUCUCAGCGCGGAAAUAAUAUGCUGGCAGCGGCAAUGAGAAGCUCCAUCGAGUGGAAUUGUCAGGACGAGGAGAUGAAUCCCUUCAUCCGAUGGAAUCCCAUGCGGCCGAUCAUGCAGUGGUACAACGGACGUAUCAUGAAGCGCUACAUUGGAAUCGAAUUGGAGAAACGAUACCAGGUCUGGAAGCAGCACAAACCCUCGACUCGGGCUAAUUCAAUUAUCGAUAUUGUGCUCGCCAAUUUCAUGAGUACACAGCCAGCGGGGGCCAAGCUGGAUCCUGAGUUUAAGGCAUGGGCCACCAUUCAAAUCCGGACCUUCUUAUUCGCUGGCCAUGACUCGACCGCCGCCACGAUUGUAUACAGUAUCUAUCUCUUGUCCAAGCAUCCGGAAAUACUUGCUAGGGUUCGCACCGAGCACGACGAGAUAUUUGGAUCGGAUAUUUCUGCUGCGGGUCGCAUACUCAAACAGCGUCCAGAGUUAAUUAACCGGCUCCCAUAUACCCUGGCGGUUAUUAAGGAGACCCUCCGUCUGUUUCCCGCUGCUUCCGCGUUGCGAGACGGCCAGCCUGGUGUCUACCUGGAGGAUAGGAAUGGCACCAAAUACCCGACUAACGGAUUGUGUAUUUGGAUCCUGCAUGGAGGCAUUCAACGUAAUCCCAAUUACUGGCCUGACCCACAUGGCUUCAAACCAGACCGCUGGCUGGUUGGACCAGACCAUCCCUUGUACCCUCCCAAAGGUGCAUGGCGUCCCUUUGAGCAUGGUCCGCGGGAUUGCAUCGGCCAAGCGCUGGCCCUACUAGACAUCAAGAUCACGCUGGUGCUAGCUCUCCGCGAGUUCGAUUUUCAAGACCAGUACGCUGAAUGGGACCGCCAGCAUCCCCGCCCCGGACCCAAGACUGUCUUUGGCGAGCGCGCCUACCAGAUUCCCCGGGGGGGAUCGCAUCCCGCUGAUGGGCUUCCCUGCCGGGUCAGUUUGCGGAAACCGAUGGCUCAGUGA